AAUCUGGAGUAAAGACAAAAAAAAAAUAAUCCCAAAUGUGAAAAAGAGCAACAAACCAUUUUUAUAUUAAUUAUUAUUAUCUUCGUAAAUCAAGUCAAGUCAAUGGUGGGGAUAUGAGUAAACAAUUGCUAGAGUUUCAGGAGCAUCUUGUUAAGUCUAAGAAGAUAGUUGCAUUGGUGGGUGCUGGAUUAUCAGUAUCGUCAGGAUUACCUACCUAUCAAGGAUCACAAGGUUUAUGGAAGAAUUUUAAUAUGAUUGAUUUAGCUACACCGGAUGCAUUUUAUAUUGAUCCUGGAUUAGUAUGGCAGUUUUAUUCAUGGAGACGAUAUGGAGCUUUGAAAGCAAAACCAAAUCGUGGUCAUUAUGCCUUAAGUAAACUAUCACAAUUAGAAGGAGUUGAAUAUAUCACUAUAACACAAAAUGUGGAUGGCUUACUGACACGAAGUAAUCAUAAACGAGAGACAUUACUUGAAAUACAUGGAUCAUUAUUUAAUCUAAAAUGUACAGGAUUCAUCUGCAAUUUCAUUGAUUAUGAUAAUUUCAAAAAUCCCUUAACAAAAGCAUUACAAGAUACAGAAUAUGAAUAUGAUAAACAAAAUCGAAAACGACCUAUAGAUGGUAUAGAUGAAAAUGUAAAUGUUUCACCUCAAUUUUUACCUGUUAAACAAUUAUCAGAGAAGGAAUUACCUCAAUGUCCAGUAUGUGAUGAUGGUACAUUGUUACGACCUGGUGUCGUAUGGUUUGGUGAAUCAUUACCAUUACAAUUAUUAACUAAGAUUGAUAAUUUUAUUGAAUCUGGAAAUUCAGUUGAUUUAAUCUUAGUUAUAGGAACAAGUGGUACCGUUUAUCCUGCCAAUAGUUAUGUAGAUAGAAUCAAAUUAAAAGGAGGUAAAGUUGCCAUAUUCAAUACUGAUAUAGAAGAUGAUAUUCUCCAAGGUAAAGUGGCAGAUACUUGGGGUUUUAAAGGAGAUGCUGCUGAGUUAUUACCUUUGGCAUUAAAACCAUUGAUAGGAGACGUAUGAAAAUAUAUGCAUUAUUUAAGAAAAAUAAACAAUUUCUAUAUAAAUACACAAUCAUAUACACAAGGUAAUGUGUCAUAAAAAGUUAUCGUAAGUGUCAUUAAUGUAGAACUGAAAUAUCAAGCAUGAUAAUGGAAUAGUUGGAAAGAAUAAAUAAGUAGUUUAAAUAGUUAAGAAGAAAACUCACAGCA